UUAUCAGUUCCCCAACAAUGCAUUUUGGAAAUUAUCAUUUCCCCAUUCUCUCUCCCCGGCAAAAUCUCUCCCCUAUCCGCCUCCAGCUUCCACCUCUGCCUUCUUUCUCUUCGAGCCAUGCACUCGCUCUUCCUCGAUGCCUGCGGCAACCUCUCCCUCCAGCGGUUGCUUUUCCCGAGGCCUCGCCUCAGCCGCCGGUUCUGGAACCCCCUCCGGCUGUGCCCCCCUGAUGACGCCAGGGAGCUCUCCAUCUCCCUCGAUGUCUCCUGCGAUUCCCGGAGAUCGAGGAGCGGAAGGGGGGAACUGUUCGGGGGCAGGAAGAAGGAAAACGUGUGGAGCAUCGACAAUGAUCUCGCGGCCGCCAGGGCUUCCCAGGAGAAGACGCGUAAGUAUCGGAAACGGCGGGGGAGGCAGGUGAGAUCAUCUGGGAGGAGGAAGUCCAGCGAUAAGGUUAUGGUGUCCGGCUCUAUGCUCAUGGAGGUCGAGACGGUUCUUCAGACCCAGGAACCUGUUAUCAAACCAGCAUGGGAUACUUUUGCUAGUAGUGUUAGUGGUAUAUGGAAGGGUGUUGGAGCAGUAUUUUCUCCAAUUACAGCCGAAAUGGAGCCAAUUGGAAUUGGAAAGAAAAAUGAUAGUCUUUACGAUUGUUACACGCGUUCAAUAAUUGAGAAGGUGCCUGAAGGUGGUCUUCCGUCUCAAAUUAGGAGAAGAACAAAUUGGGCAGUUUUAAAUCCUUUUGGAGAGACAAGAAAGCAUAGAGCUGGGGAUCAAAUUGAUGCUAAAGAUGACUCCUAUGAGAAAGAAACUUUCAAUGUCGCUGAUAAAAUGUUUGAUUUGCCUAGUUAUGACUCCUUUAACUUGUCAAAUGGUGAAGUUUUGGAGGAAGAUGUAAUGGGUAUGGAGCUUGGUCUUGUUUUCUUUGAGGAUGGUUCGUAUUCUAAAGGCCCAAUUGAUAUACCAGUUGGUGAUUAUGAUGAAUCCAAAUACUUUCUUUCUCCAACUUUUAAGUUUGAACAAUGUCUAGUAAAAGGAUGCCACAAGAGACUGCGCAUUGUGCACACCAUUGAGUUUAACGAGGGCGGAUCCAACAUACAAAUAAUGAGGAUUUCUGUGUAUGAGGAAGAGUGGGUCAGCCCGGCAAAUCUCAACGUUGAAAACGACUUGCAGUUCAACUCCGAACCAUUCUCUCAGCGAAAAAGAACACAACCUUCAGACCUGACUGGUUCCUGGAAGGUAUUUGAGGUGAGUGCCAUACCGAUUUUCACCGAAGAACCAGGAUCCGACCCAGAAGCCGGGCUGCCCUUUGUCAACCUCUGCACUGAGACAUUGAAGAGGCGGCGGCUGCCAGAGAGCUCCGUCUCCUUUGGCGAAGAAGAGGUACUGGACAUGCAAGAUGCGACCGUUCUGUGGCUCCCUGGUGGUGUCACCGCCUACGUCGAUGUAAACAAAGAUGGCACCCUCACUAUUGGUGGCGGUUGGUACUCACAAGAAGGCAUCAACCUUGUUAUGGAGAGAGAUUAUGGAACUGAUGGGAAGCUCAAAGAGGUGAGAUGGAAGUCUGAGGUCAAGAGAAGAUGGUGAGAAGUUUACAAACAGUUCUAAUCAAUGUACUGUGAUGAGCAUUUAUAAAUCACAAUUGCUAAAGUAAACUGAAUCAAGUCGACUGGAACAAAAAACUGCUUGGUUUGUCAAGUUGGUGAAGUACUUCAAUGCUCGACUCUGAUGAAGUCGAACAAGUCGAAAGAAUAGUGUAAUUCUAAAGGGUGAAUUAUAAGACUGUAAAUGUGCAAGUUAAACUUUUAAUUCAAUUAUGAACAUUUUUGUUCUUGUAA